AUGACGACUGUGGAACACAUUUUGGUCUUUAUGCUGAUUUUGAUCCCUUCAUGUUACAACAUGCAGACAGCACCUCGUAUCAUCACAUUAUUAGAGACAGUGGACGUUCUACUGGAUCACAAUGCCACCUUCAUCUGUGAGGUGGAGUCACACCCCCCUGCUGAGAUCACCUGGACCAAAAAUAAUCACCAAAUUAUGUACUAUGACACACGGUACCUUACCAAGGAAAAGGGUCAGAUGUUAAUCAUCCCACAUGUAAGAGAGUCAGACAAUGGGGAGUACUGUUGCCUUGCCAGUAAUGGCAUUGGAGAACCUGCCAAGAGCUGUGGAGCGCUUCAGCUAAAGAUGAAGCCACAGAUCAAAAGGCAUCCCACCAAUCUAACACUACUGGUAGAAUCCAAAGCAGUGUUGCCCUGUGUUACCCUUGGCAACCCUAAACCAGAUGUCACGUGGCUCAAAGAUGAUGAGCUUAUCAAGGUCAAUGACCGUGUUACUAUUCUCGACUAUGGGGCAUUGAAAAUUCAUAACAUACAGAAAGAGGAUGCAGGACAGUACCGCUGUGUGGCCAGGAAUAGCUUUGGUUUGGCCUUUUCAAAGCCUGUCACCAUAGAAGUACAAGCUCCAGCACGAAUCUUGCGGGUUCCAAAGGACAAAAGGGUGGCGUAUGGCAGCCAGAUUUCCCUACAAUGUAAUGCCACUGGAAAUCCAGUCCCAACCAUUACCUGGCUGGAAAAUGGGAAUACUAUCUCCGGAGCCUCAGUAGAGGAGACAUUAGUGGGAGAGGUGAUACUCUCUGUUCUUAAGGUGACGGUGACUAAGCCAGCCCUAUAUACGUGCCUGGCUUCCAACAGACACAAUGCUGGAGCCAACACUGUCAAAGCAACUGCAAAAGUCACUGUUGCAGAGUGGAGACUAUAUAAGGGGAUCGCAGGCUACUGCAGUGCAUAUCGUGGAGAUGUUUGCCGCACAAUAUUGCACGACGAUUUGCUGGUUUUCUUUAACUCGUCCUUCUCAAACCCUGAGGACACGCAGGAGUACUUUCUUCAGAGCUGGUGGGCAGAGGUAGAAGGGCUCAGUGGUGUGUGCAGUCCUGCAUUACGCUCAUUGCUCUGCCAUGCUUCCUUUCCUGACUGCAACCCAUCAGGGCUAGGACCUGCACCAAAACCUGUCUGCAGAGAAAGCUGCCUGGCAGUGAAGGAGCUGUACUGCCAUAAGGAGUGGCUGAUAAUAGAAGGCAGCAGUUCAGUCCAGUCUGGACUCUUCAGCUCUCUCACCGGGUCCCAGGCUCCCGUUUCACUGCUGCCAAAAUGUCAGACCUUACCAAGUCUUCACACAGACCCUGAUGGUUGUACAUAUGUUCCUUUUGCAGACAUCAAGAAAGAUCUAAUUACAAGAACGUGUUACAAUGACCGAGGUUAUUUCUACCAGGGUAGUGUGAAUGUAACCAGGUCUGGGACACCAUGUCAACCAUGGAACCAACAGGUCCCCCACCAGCACCAUUUGUCAGUGGAUGUCAUUCCAGAGUUGAAGAAUUCAGGCAAUCACUGCAGGAACCCAGGAGGAAUCAGUGACAAGCCCUGGUGUUAUACCUUAAAUCCGAACAUACGCUGGGAGUACUGUGCUGUUCCACAGUGUGGGGAAACAAGCAUAGCAUCAGUAGUGAAGCCAGAGUCUAGAGACCCUCUCCAGACCCCUCGUUUCCCUCCCGUGACCACAACAUCAUCUCCAGCUUACUCAAUGUCUGUCAUCGUCGUUAUCCUGACUGCUCUUGCAACUGCAGUAUUUCUUGCCAUUAUCAUUCUUGGCUGCCGCAGAUGGAAGAAGCAACUGAGGAAUCGAAAGAGAAGAGUAAUAGAGACCCCGAUGUUGAACGCCCUUCCAUCAGAGCUAUUGCUCGAUCGACUCCACCCUAACCCCAUGUACCAGCGUGUUCCCCUGCUGCUGAACUCAAAACUGUUGGCCCUUGAGUAUCCCCGAAAUAAUAUUCAAUACGUCCGAGAUAUCGGGGAAGGAGCCUUUGGACGAGUUUUCCAAGCCAGAGCUCCAGGCCUGCUACCCAUGGAGUCUUUCACAAUGGUUGCUGUGAAGAUGUUGAAGGAGGAAGCUUCAGCUGACAUGCAGAAUGACUUCCAGAGAGAGGCAGCACUCAUGGCCGCAUUUGACCAUCCAAACAUAGUUCGACUCUUAGGUGUGUGUGCAGUGGGUAAACCAAUGUGUCUGAUGUUUGAGUAUAUGGCCCAUGGUGACCUCAAUGAGUUCCUGCGUCGCAGAUCUCCAACCCAGUCAGUGCGCACCCUCAGUCGUGCUAGCUUGUCGGGUCGCAGUUUCUCCUCUGAGCUGGAGGCCGGGCCUCUCUCUUGUACAGAGCAGUUAUUGAUUUCCAAGCAGAUUGCUGCAGGAAUGGCAUACCUGUCUGAGCGCAAGUUUGUCCAUCGUGACCUGGCAACACGGAACUGCCUGGUUGGAGAGGAAAUGGUGGUAAAGAUUGCAGACUUUGGCCUCUCCAGAAACAUCUACUCAGCUGAUUACUACAAGGCCAAUGAAAAUGAUGCCAUCCCCAUUCGCUGGAUGCCUCCAGAGUCUAUAUUCUACAAUCGCUAUACUACAGAGUCAGAUGUGUGGGCCUAUGGUGUGGUGUUAUGGGAGAUCUUCUCCCAUGGGAUGCAGCCAUAUUAUGGUAUGGGUCAUGAGGAGGUUAUUUACUAUGUGAGGGAUGGUCACAUCCUUUCCUGUCCUGAGAACUGUCCUUUGGAGCUCUAUAAUCUGAUGAGGCUCUGUUGGAGUACACACCCAUCAGACAGGCCCAGCUUCAGUAGCAUACAUCGGAUACUAGAACGUAUGCAUCAAAACAGACUAAGCAUGAAUGCUCACACUGAAGCUGAUGCUGACUGUUAA